AUGGGGAAAGUAGAAUGGAAAAGAUUACUAUGGUUACAGCAGGAUUAUCCUGAUAAUUAUACAGAUCAGAAGUUUUUGGAGAAAGUGAAGGACUAUGAAAACAAAAAAUUAGAUUAUGCCAAUUCUCCUUAUUUAUCAGUAGAAAACUACAGGGUUGUACGAUCUGAUUUCCUAAAUUUUUUUCAAACAGUGUUAAACACUUCAAUUAUUUAUAUCAUUUUUGCAUACAUUUACAUCUACGAUAAAGACCCAACUGUCGUUACAGUUCUCGUAACAUCAGUUAUUGCAUCAAUUGUUUUAUUCAAAGAACAUGAUAAGGAUCAAUUAUCUUCAUUGUUAAAUUUAAAAUCAGUCAUUAUAAUAAUAUUUAGUAUGUUAACACUUUCACCCAUUUUAAAAUCAUUAUCUAAGACGACUGCUUCUGAUUCAGUAUGGACAUUGUCUUUUUGGUUAACACUUUGGUACAUUAGUUCAAUAUCAAGUUCAAAAGAAAUUAAAACUUCAAAUGUUUCUACUAAUUUGUUGGUCGCAGUGGUUAGUAUCCUAUCAUCAAGAUUGUCAACUUCAACACAUGUAUUCUGCUUUUUAUUUUUAUGCAUUCAGAUUAAUGUCGUAUUGCCAAAUCUGUUAAUAUCAUCCACAGUAUUAUUUAUGCUUUCGAACAGUUUUGCUUAUAUGUUUAUAACACACGCUUUGGGCUGGAUGUAUACAUUUUGUAUUACAUUAACUACCCUUUUGUAUAUAUGGCUACUACCCAAAUGGUUUAUAUAUUGGCAGGUUCAUUAUAGAAUGCUAGAUGAUGCAAAUACAUCUAGUAAGGAAGCGUUAUUGACUAGUUGGGAUGCAAAAAAACCUAUAUUAGACUGA